GGGGGUUUCACACCGUGUAAUGUACAUCACAGCGGCAGCAGGUUCACUAUAGCAUGAUGCUGAUUAGAAGCUUGUCGUUACAGCUUAGCACUGUGUAAUUAUACUGUCUAUUCUAAAUGGGAACAGACUGAGCCCUGCACAACUGGAUUUUGUUUUGUUGGAGCUUGACUUCACAUUGAGAAGAAGGAUGGAAGAAAUGUAACAUUGGCUCAGGAAGUUUAUUCAUACAGUUGUACUGUCGGUAAAUGCUGGUUUUACUGGAAGCAGAAAUAUCUUCCUCAGGCCUGUGCUGCUGUGGGCUGGUGUAGCCUACAACAGCUGCUGCCCAGUGUAAAUAUAGAGGCCACAGCCUCUGUGCUCACCCUGGAAUAUAGCUUCCUUCUGGCUUUGGUGUGGUGGAUGGGUGGCCUCCCUCUACUUUACAAAUUAUAAGGCCUUCAGCACCAAACUCACUGUCUCCACCCCAAAUAAGUAAUGGCUGCUCAAUUGCCUGCUAAAAUAGAUCUGGUCCUAGAUGGGGAACGGCAGAAACCCUAGAAAAACCUGAGUGAAGAUGAAUACUGGAGCUGCAUUUCAGAUGGAAACGGACGUUUAAAACAGUUUUAUUUUCUUAGUAUGUGUCUGUUUUAGACUGCUUGACACGAGUUAGUAUUGACAAUGCGUCACAAGAAAUAUCUGAGGGGUCACAAGAUUAUUAAAAUGAUAAAAGGAAAAAAAAAAAUGAAACAAACUGGAUGAAGUGUUCAUUAGUGAGCUUUAUGGUGCUGCUAGAUGCUUUCUGUAUCCUUUAGACAGUCAGGCUAGCUGUUUCCCCCUUUCCAGCAUUUUACUAAGCUAAGCUAACCAAUUCAUGGCUCUAGCCUUUAGGGGUCUGACGCAUCCAUGUUAGAUUAGGAAAUACAUGUAUUUCCUUAUUCGAUCCUAAAUUCAAGAUAGCCAUUGUUGUUGCAGGACUCAGAGGAGAAGAUGAAGUCCCGUUUGUUUUCUCUCGUCGCCUGUGUGACCCUGCUCUCAGUGUGUCACGCCACUCCUCUGUUCUACAACACAUCCAUGGACGGCAGCGGUGAUGAAGCAGAGCUGGAGCUCAUUUUUCCAACCUCUUUCUCCAGUCGAGCGCCUGUUCAGGUCUCUGCUGCCACUGGAGGUCCCAACCUCACCAGCACCAUCACCACCACCAUCACCACCACCAUGAUCCGCCUGAAGGACUUCGUCCUCACCCGAGUAGUGGACUUCCUGCAGGAGAAUCUGCUCAUCAUCAUCGUGGUGACCUCUCUUCUCAUCGUCAUGGUCUUCAUCAUCUGCUGCGCCUCUGCCAUGAGUCAUAAGCGCAAGCUGGAGGCCAACAAACCCCCUCCUCAGCCAAACAAGAAGUCUGUGGCUGAUAAGACCGGCGCACGCAAAAAUUCAAGCGAGCCCCAGGAGCGGCCGUGCGCCGUCGACCACGUCAAGAGGGUCCAGACUCAGAGCAUGGCCUCCCCCAAGCACCUGCGCGUGCCCUCCAAGGCUCUGGUGGGUGAGAGGGGCAGAGACGUCAGGUCGUCGCCCCGCCAGGAGGUGAGAAAGGUCAGCGAGGCAGAGGAGGUGAUAAAGCAGAGAGAGGAGCCCAAGCACAAAGAGCAGCCAAAGCACAGAGAGGAGGUGCAGCAGAGCCCCAGCACGAGCUCUGGUCAUUCAGUCUGCACCUGCCACCUGAAAAAGGCCCAACACUAGGGCACGGUCGAGGCUGAUGUUGGCUUAAGAGGUGAAAUGUUGCAACCACGACAUAAAAACAAGAUCAGACAGGUUGGUUAUAUUGCCCACAUAUGGAAAAAUAUAUAGAAAUGCAUUUGUGAUUCAAAUCUGGCCCAUUUACAACUUCCACCAAGAAAUGUAUUUGUGAUGCUGAUGCCCAAUGAUUAAACAGUUAAAACUACAAGUUCAUGAAUAUAUGAACUGUGGCUUGAUUAGAAAUGUAAUUGAUGGAAGAUAUGUUGGAAAUCAAAAUACUAAAUGUUGUUGCUGCAUAAAUCCUGCCUAUAAAAGUUGCAUGUCACAGUUUUUGAUACAUACAAAGAUUAAAAAGCCAACACGUUGAUGCUACAUGCCAACAACCUUUAAACCUUUAAAGUGGCUCAGUGGUCAGUUUGUCCUUAGUCUAUCUGUGGUCACGCAGUUGUUUUUUAUUAGUGAUUGCCACAGUAAGUAGUCUUAACCGCCUUAUAUCAUAUCA